CAAGACCAACGACGACAACCAUUCAUCACCUGUACCAACGACGCCCAUCUCUGAUAUUUCUUUUACUUUAAUUGACCUACUUCUCCUUUUCUUGAUCCUCCCAAAAAAAAAAAAAGAAAGAGAAAAAACCUCCACACACCAAAAGAUCAAUCAAACCCCAAAAUGAAGAAGACAUCAAGAAACAUCAACCCAAAUGUUAGCUCGUCGUCCCAGUCAGUGUCCGAUGACCUCGGGAAACUAACUCACUUACACACAAUCAACAACAGACAGUAAUGGCGCCCCUGGCAGCCUUCACAAUGGCUUGGGUCCUAUUUGCUUAUACCAGGCAUUCUAUUCAGGCUGCGAAGGUUAAUGCUAAACUCACCCGCGAACAAAUCCAACAACAACAACAACAACAACAACAACAACAGCAGCAGCAGCAGCAAGAGCGAGAGUAUCGGAACCGGGAGAGGCAUUCGGACAAGUAAAGUAACUAUUUUUGUGAGGGAAGUGGGGGAAGAGUGGCAUUGAACUGAGUUGACGACGGAGAUAUCAAGUGUUAAUAAAACUAAACCGAACACCCCGACUAGGUAGCCUACACC